GAGCCCUCAGGGGGCACUGGGAUGAACUGGGGGGACUGGAGGGGUACUGGGAGGGCACUGGGAGAGAUUGGGAUAGAUUGGGAUGAAUGGGGGAACAGCCGUUGCCAGGCAACGCGCCUCACUGAGUGGGCGUGGCCUCUGGUGGGCGGGAAAGAGGCGCUCGCGCCCAUUGGCUGCGGGCGGGGCGCUCCCAUUGGCUCAGCGGUGGGAGGGGCAGCUCCGGGCGCUCCCAUUGGCUCCUAUGAGGGCGGGUGUGCUGCGGGCGCUCCCAUUGGCUGCGCGGAGGUGUCGGGCGAGCCCAUUGGCUGCUCGUUUUGGGGGGAGGGGGGUGGGUCCGGGCAAGUCCAUUGGCUCUGCGGGGCGGGGGGCGCGCGGCGAUGGCGGCGGCGCUGUGGGCGCGGGGCGGCGGCGGAGCGCUCUUCCAGGCCCUGAGGGGACCCCGACGCAGCUGCAGCAGCUUCAGGGCGUCGCAGCUCCAGAUCCAGCGCUGCUCAUCGCCGCGGGCGAAGCCGGAACCGGAGUCGCUCACGUUCGGACGCGUUUUUACCGACCACGUUCUGAGCGUGGAAUGGAGCUGCGAGGGGGGAUGGGGGCGCCCCCAAAUCCACCCCUUCCAGGAGCUGCGGCUGCAUCCGGCUUCCUCCGGGCUGCACUACGGCAUCCAGCUCUUCGAGGGGAUGAAGGCGUAUCGCGGCGCCGAUGACAAAAUCCGCCUUUUUCGUCCCCAACUCAACAUGGAACGAAUGACGCGCUCGGCAGCGCGGGUCUGCCUGCCCCCUUUCGAUGAGGGGGAGCUGCUGGAGUGCAUCCGUGAGCUGCUGAGGUUGGAGCAGGACUGGGUGCCGCGAUCCGAAACCGCCAGCCUUUAUAUCCGCCCCACAUAUGUGGGGACAGAGCCCUCGCUGGGGGUCGCCCCCCCCGGGCGGGCUCUGCUCUUCGUCCUCCUCAGCCCCGUCGGCCCCUAUUUCCCGGGGGGGCACUUCACCCCCGUGGGGCUCUUGGCCGACCCCUCGCAGGCCAGAGCGUGGCCGGGGGGGCCCGGGGACUGCAAACUGGGGGGGAACUACGGCCCCACCAUCGCGCUGCAGCAGCGGGCGCAGGCGCGGGGGUGUCAGCAGGUGCUGUGGCUCCAUGGGCCGCAGCGUCUCCUCACCGAGAUCGGAGCCAUGAACGUCUUCGUCUUCUGGAAUCGCCCCGAUGGGGAGCCGGAGCUGGUGACGCCCCCCCUGGACGGACUGAUCCUGCCCGGGGUGACGCGGAGGAGCAUCCUGGAUCUGGCGCGGGAGUGGGGUGAAUUUGGGGUGCGGGAGGGGCCCCUCCCGAUGGCGGCGGUGCUGGAGGCGCUGAGGGGGGGGCGCCUGCGCGAGAUGUUCGGCUCCGGGACGGCGUGCAUGGUGUGUCCCGUGGGGGGGAUCCUCUACGAGGAGCAGUGGCACCCCGUCCCCACCAUGGAGAACGGCGCUGAGCUGACUCAGCGUUUCCGGCGGGUCCUGAGUGACAUCCAGUACGGCCACGUCCCCAGCGAAUGGGCACAGCCCCUGUGACCCCAGUGUGGGGCUGAGCCCCCCCCCAAGAAAUGGACGCCUGGGGGGGCUCAGCCCCACCCCCCAAUAUUCGACACCCCCCCCCCAGACCCCUCUUUGCCGCUGCUUUU